CAUCCACUCUUCUCUCGCAAGUAACUUCCCAUUUUGGCAGGCUCGACGUCGUGGUGAACAACGCCGGGUACGCGGUCAGCGGCGUUGUCGAGGGCAUAGUGACGAGGAAGCCCGCAAGCAGAUCGAGGUCAACUUCUGGGCCCCUGUCAAGAUCAGCCGCGAAGCCGUGCGCUGGUUCCGAGAGAACAACCCGCCUCGGCAGGGAGGGCGAGUUCUGAACAUCUCGUCGUGCGGCGGGUUCAUCUCCAACCCAACGCUCGCGUACUACUCUGCGAGCAAGUUUGCACUCGAAGGCUUCUCUGAAGGCUUGAACAAGGAAAUGGAUCCUUCCUGGAACAUCAAGGUCGUCGCCAUUCAGCCAGGCGGCGUGCGCACGCGUUGGGCGAACGGCAACAUGCUCGACCUGCCCUUCCCGCCCGCCUACGCGAACCCUGCGGCCCUACCGACGCGCUUUCGCGAGAUGACCAAGACCAAAGUACCCAUGAACGACCCGAACAAAGUCGGGAAGGCCCUCAUUGCGAUCUCGAAGGAGGCGAACCCGCCGCUGCGCCUCCCGCUCGGUGCGGACUCACGCUACGUGAUACAGGGCAAGAUUGCUGCGAUCCAGAAGGAGUUGGAGGAGUGGAAGGAACUCGAGGUGUCUGUCGUCGCGGACGACGCGGACCCGCAUUUCUUCGAAAAGCUCAGCGGCAUAGUGAUGUAGAAUACUGUGACUUAGGAUGCUCCGUGGACCUCAAGUCGCGCCACCACAGCGCGGAGGAACUGUAUAGUACGCGACGCGUCGUGUGA